ACAGAGGCUGUCGUUCCACCGCCAUCUUGUCUGGAGAGCGUGUGAGUGUGUGAGACUUUUUGGCCGUGGUCGAGGUGUGUGCGUGUGUGUCUGUGUGUGUGUGUGUCUGUGUGUGUGUGUGUGUGUGUGUGUGUGUGUGUGUGUGUAUACAUCUCAGCGUGAGGAGUCGGUGCUGUAAAGCUGCUCGUCCCGUCUCAGCCAAUGUCAACAGCCGAGCGCAUAACUUCCCAUGAGCCUUUUCCCCUAGAAGCUUGAGCACCGCUGCCGUCUGUGAUGCUAUCCCAUGACGCCCAGGUCAGUAGCUGACACUGCCAGUGAGCGGGAGACGCCACUGCACCUCCGGUCCUGGGCCGGCAGCAUCCACCAGGUCUCACCCUCCCUCUCUCACGCUGGAGACGCCACCUCCACCCACCUUCCAGUAUCCACAACCAUCAGCUCCGAUCCACCCCAGUAAGACCCCCUCACACCCCGACACGCUGGAAAGCACCAGCAGCCAGAAAUCACAAUAUCUUCAACGCAAUCAGCAACACCAGCACCAGCACCGUCACCAGCAGCAGCAGCAGCAGCCAUGUCCAGUCGUAGAAAGUCCUCCACCCCCUGCAUGGUCCGGCUCGUCACCGACCGGCCUGAAGAGCGAGACGAAGCCGAGGAGCUGAUGGAAACAUCCACGGACAAGUCGGAGUCACCUGAAGAGAAGAGUCCAGUCUCCGAGCAGGAGAAACCAGAGGAUCCAGACCAGCAGACAUCUCCAGAUCCAGAGGAAAAGCAAACUGCUGAGCCAGUAGAACAAGAGCAGCAGUCGGGCAAAGAAGACCGACCCCCUGUCAUAGAAGAUGUAGAAGCCACAGAAGAGAAGGACGGGGAGGAGGCUGACUCCGACCCAACAUCCCAGAAGAAGCUGCCCAGAGGUUACGAGUGCAAGUACUGCCCGUUUUCCACCCAGAACCUGAAUGACUUUAAAGAGCACGUGGACUCGAGCCACCCUAAUGUCAUCCUCAACCCGUUGUACCUCUGUGCCGUCUGCAACUUCAACACCAAGAAGUUCGACUCACUCACCGAGCACAACGACAGCCGGCACCCGGGCGAGACCAACUUCAAGUUCAAGAGGAUAAGAGAGAACAAUCAGACCGUCUUAGAGCAGACCAUCGAAGGCCAGGAGAACCCAGUCGAGGAACCAGGUGAGAGCCCCAGCUCGGUGUUUCCACCUUGCAUCUCCACCACGUUGAAAACCCCGUACAGUAUUCAGCCGCUCUAUCGAGGAGGCGACCCGAAGAGCCAGCUGGAUCAAAUCACAGCCGUCAACAUCAAUGGAACCGUCAUCAUCCCUGAACCCCCCGUCCUCCGAGGGCUGUCCCACGUCAGCCCCAUGCUCCAGCGCCCGCCCAACUUCAACUCUGUACCAAAAAUAGCUGUUCCCUUGAACACUACCAAAUAUAACCCUUCAUUAGAUGACAACCUGACAUUGAUCACCUCCUUCAGCAAAUUCCCUUACCCCACCCACGCUGAGCUGUCCUGGCUCACAGCUGCUUCCAAGCACCCGGAGGAACAGAUCAAAGUGUGGUUCACCACCCAGCGCCUGAAGCAAGGCAUCACCUGGUCCCCGGAGGAGGUGGAGGAGGCAAGAAAGAAAAUGUUCAAUGGUUCCAUCCCUCCUGCCCAUCCCAUGUUCACCAUCAUCCCUACAAGCUCCCAGCCGUCUGCCAAAGCCCCCCAGCAGCCCAUUGUCCACACCACGGUGGAGCCUUCAGGUCACGUCUGGACCACCACGUCCAAUGGGUCGGGUGUAGUCACCACCACCAGCUCUCCAGCCGGGGUCGCACUCUGCUCCACCCUGAAGCGGACCCUACCAGCACACCUGAUGACGCUGUGUGGCCCAGAGGCUAAGCGACCCAUUAUGGCAGUCGCCCCCCAUUCUGGUGACCCUCGAGACAAGGGCCUCAUGGCUCCUCCUCCACCCCCUCCACCCCAGAAGGACCACUUCCCCAUGGCCCCACCUCCUGUUCCCAUAGAGAUGAAGAGGUCGUCCGCUGCUGUGCCUUUAAUGCCUCCACCCUCAUCUUCACCAUCGUUGUUGUCCAAAGGGAAGAUUCUCUCGACAGUUGGAAGCCCCAAGUCAAAGCCAGUGAUCUCACGCUCCUCCAUUGUCUUCCCAGACUUCUUAACAAGGCGGACGAUCGCCGGCCCGCCUAUCUUUGCCCCUCCGUUUAAAAAAUCCUUAUUUCUUCCUCGUGCCCUGCCCAUCGCUUCCAAAGAAAAGCACCCGAACACCCGGCCUCUGCCAGCUUCUGAUUUGAAGUUGCCAAACUCCCAUCCACUCAUUACCCCCCAGAUAAGGAGGCCGAGCAUUAUUCAGUCCAUCCGUGCUCCGGCUAAAGCCCCCCCACAGAUUCUGGGGUUCAGCCUGGAUGGUAAGAAACUAAAAGAGCAGCAGGGAGUGGAGCUGAAGGCCAGCUACCCCCGAGGAGACAAGGUGCUGACGCCUCUGACGGAGGCCAAUGGAGCCUCUCGCACUGACGCUAAAUGGCCUCAUCAUCAGACCUCUGCUCUUUACAACAAUGGAGGGAUUCAUAUGAAACCAGACUUUCAGCAGAAGUCCUCGGUGCUGACCCAGUUUCCUUUGCUGGAGAGAAUGAAAGGAAAAACGGCCGAACAGCUGAAGAUCUUGGAAGAGAACUUCUUGAGGAACAGCUUCCCCACGCACAGCGACGUGGACGGCCUGUCCUCCAGCACCCGUCUGUCUCACCGGGAGAUCGACAGCUGGUUCGUGGAGCGCCGUGCGCUGCGCGACAACCUGGAACAAGCGCUCAUCAACUCCAUGGGCACCAAGAGGAUCGGGGGGGGGGGCCUCGCCGCCCUCACCGACAAACAGCUUCAUCAGCAGCAGCACCAAACCCUCAAGCUGAAUGGGAUUCAUAAACAGAGCAUCGGUGCCGGCCAUCUUAAAAGCCCUCUGCUACCUUCGCCCAUCACCUCCCCCGGUACCACCGCCCCCCCCGUCCCCAGCCCGAGCCCCUGCUCAGUGCCUCCAGGCAGCCGGACCCUGGCGCUCCUCAAGGACGACUUUGCUCAAACACGGUGGCCUUCCCCUGAGGAGCUCCACCAGCUGGAGGGUCGGACGGGACUGGCUCGUGCCGACCUCGCCCGCUGGUUCAACGACAGCCGGCUGCCGAGCGGCGGCAUGGACCUGACAGAACUCUUUAACAACAAGGGAGUGAAUGGAGGACAGGGGGCGCCGGUGAGUUCCCCUGAAAACACUCCGUCCAGCAUAAUCCAGCUGUGCCAGGAAGGAGCCAUAACAAACAGCAGCAGCAGUAAGGUGCUGGAGCUGGAGCUGGGCUGGUUGAUGGAACAGCGGGCCAACAGCCUCAACAGCCUCAACAGCCUGAACAGUCUCAACAGCCUCAACAGCCUCAACAGCCUGAACAGCCAACAGCACGAGGACGUCCACGACCGGUUUGCUGGAAGACUGAGGCAGCAGGAGGUGGGGGAGCUGAAGAACGGGGGACAGAACGGAGGAGGAGCGCGGGAGGUGUUCAGGAGCUGGCUGGAGGACGGACGCUCGAGGAGAGGACGGGAGCUGCUGCUGGACAGAGAGAGGAAGAUGGCGGAGGACGCGUCCGGGAGGCUGACCGGAUGAAACGGUGAAAAGAGGAUUCGCCGCCGUCGCUGCUGCUGGAAACAGAAGAAGAGAAAAGAACAGAGUUUUUUAUCCAGAUGAUGUUUUUCCCUUUUUAAUUUUUUGCCGAUGUUUUACCUUCUGAUUGUCGCACUGCAGAUCACGCACAACAUCCUCCAGGUCCCGAUGCAGCUGACACCAGGUCUCUGGGCUGGAGGACUUCAGGCUUUUAUUUUGGCGAGGCUCAGAUUAGUGAAAUCUGUCAGAUUAGUGAUUUUAGUUGAUUUGACAAUAAGAUUUCAAAUCGUCUGUUCGAGUCUUGAAUCAGUUAAUCAUCCAGAUGUCACGUGACCUCGAGCCACACCCCCACUAACAAACCAGGUAGAGUGAGAGCGGAGGCCGACUCUGGUUUGACCAAUCAGAACAGAGUGGAGCAGCCGACCAAUCAGGGCCCUCACCCAGUGAGCAGUCAGAGGAACGUGAUUCUGAACAUUAGAGCAUGAAAACAUGUUUCACUCAUAACUCUCAUGAAAUGAUCAAACUCAAUAUGAACAGAAUAUUGGUCCUUCAUCAUGAAACACGUCCGUCAUGUUUUAUCUGGAAGUUUCUUCUCCUCUUCGUCGUCUUCUAUAUUUUGGAGGAAGUUCGGUGUAAAUUUAGUUUGUUGGUGGAAAUAAAUAUUACCAGUGAUAGAAAUAUGAAUUAAUCAUAAUUAAUCCCAGACCGUCCUCACCGAGUGAACCUUGAUUUGUUUAGUCCCGAUUUAAACGUCCCCUUUAAGAGGAAGCGG